AUGAUGCAACCAGAUCUCCAUGCACCGUACCCAGGCUACGCUCAGCCUAAUCCAUACGCACACGCCCCACCCGCCCACUACAACUAUUACAAUCAAGGCUACGUGGCGGUGCCACCACGGGAGCGCCGUCGCAGCGAAGUUCCUUCUGCCCUGGCCAGCGUCAUUGUAUGUUUGUUCUUCAUGAUAGCUGUAUUGGUCAUCAUCGACAUAGUGUACGUGUUGUUUUUGGGUCCAAGGUACCCUGGUUUCUACGUUGACAGUAUGUCCGUCUCCAAUUUCAACACCGAAACGAACCCUUUGGUCGCCAAGUGGGAUACUAAAAUCACUGUCGAAAACCCGAACGGAAGAUACAAACUCAACUUGGAUCAUAUGGCGGCUCUUAUGUUUUACGAUGACGAUGACGAAGAAAACGAUCACGACCAUGAUCUCGGUUCAACCGAGAUGAAGCCCGUCGAGGUGGCAACCGAAAACAAGACCAACAUUCAGCUGGUGAUAUCCACCGGUGAACAUGGUCAAAGAUGGGUGCCCAGCUGGAUUGUACGAAAGAUGGAUGAGGAUAGGAGGAAGGGGUCGGUGAAAUUCGAGUUGAUAUUUACCGUUAAGAUGACGUGGGAAAGUGUCGGGGGGAGUCUGCCUGGGAGGGAUUGA